AUGACAGAAUGGAGAGACUUCAUCCAGGUCAUUUUGAAAGACAAGCUUGUAGAGGAUGUGGCAGUUGUGGGUCUAUAUGACAACAGGGCAGUGUGGGUUGCAAAGCCCGGAGGGAUCCUGGCUGCCAUCUCCCCGACGGAAGUUGAAGCGCUUGUGGGCAAAGACAGAGGAACUCUCUGCAGGAUGGGCAUCACUCUUGGUGGAAGGAAGAUGGUGGUUAUUCGGGAUCAUAUGAUUGGUCCAGAAUCCAGACCCUGUUUUGUGGACCUCAGAACUAAGAACGGCGAUGGGAAAGCCGUGACUGUUGCCAGAUCCACUAAAGCUUUGGUGAUUGUGAUAGGCAAGAGAGGCGCUCAUGGCGGACUAGUGAACAAGAGAGUGUGUGAUUUGGCCAUGGAUUUAAAGAGGAGAUAUCUGUGA